UAAGUAACAUAGCUUAGUGUUGUGAUAAGAUAUUUGCAGUUCAGUCGCCAAAAAGUUGUUGUUCGCAAUAAUCUUAAUUUUAACCCUUCAAAUAUCAUCACAUCCACAACAGCUCAGAGCACAUCACCAACAUGUUGUCAUUCAAUAAAUCCCUCAAUCUUACUCUAAAAUCAACACAAUUUCGUAAAGGUUGCUUAUCAAUCAUUAGCAACAACUAUUGUGCACAAAUUGAUAAAAAUGACGAAGUUAGACUAAGCUACCUUACAGAUGAACGACAAGGAAUUGCUGUCAUUGAGCUCAAUCGUCAGAAAGAGAAGAAUUCUUUCAGUCGUCAUAUGGCUGCAAAAUUACACGAAUUUACUGAUAUUUUAAGCACUGACAAGAAUGUUAGAGCAGUUAUCAUAAGAAGUUUGGUAAAGGGAGUUUUCUGUGCUGGAGCUGAUUUGAAGGAAAGAAAGACAAUGACACCUGUUGAUGUUCAUAGAUUCGUCAAUUCUUUAAGGUCGAUGGCAUCAAAGUUUGAAAACCUUCCAAUGCCUACGAUUGCUGCUGUGGAUGGAGCUGCAUUAGGUGGAGGACUUGAAUUGGCACUUUCCUGCGACUUAAGAGUUGCUUCAAGCUCUGCAAAAAUGGGUCUUGUCGAAACAAGAUUAGCAAUCAUCCCUGGAGCAGGAGGAACUCAAAGACUUCCUCGAUUAAUUAAUGUAUCACUUGCAAAGGAACUAAUUUACACAGCAAGAGUGUUCAAUGGAGAUGAUGCAUUGAAAAUGGGAAUUGUUAACCAUUCAGUUCCUCAAAAUGACGAUGGUGACGCAGCUUUUAACAGAGCAAUGAAGUUGGCAGAAGAAAUUUUACCAAAUGGUCCUGUUGGAGUUAGAAUGGCAAAGCGAGCAAUAAGCAAAGGCAUCCAGGUUGAUUUAAAUUCUGGUUGCUGCAUCGAGGAGGACUGUUAUAGUCAAAUCAUCAACACAAAAGAUCGUCUUGAAGGUCUCUCCGCAUUUGCUGAGAAGAGAAAGCCAAACUAUACAGGAGAAUAACUGCUGCAUGAAGGAAUGGAAAAUGGAUUAUUUGUGGUAUCAGGCAUACACGUGCAUUUACUUUGAUAUUGUAAAGUACAAUCAAGUCAAUAAUAAAUCAAAUAUUUUGUUAGGAGAUUA